UUAUCCCUGAUGCAUUUGGCAGAAAGCGGCAUCCGACUUACCUGGGGUUCAAUGGACCAGGGCGCAUAUCCUGCAAUAUUAUCGCAUCUCCGCCGGUGGAAAAAGUUGAAUGGCGGAAGAUGGACGCGGUAAACGCCCACAUCAAUCCUAUGUCUGUCAUCACACCCAACAGAAGCAAACAGCGUUGGCCCAUGUUGUUUGACGCUGGACAAUUAGCAAGAACCAGAGAUCAGAAUUCCGAUGCAGUGACCUACUGGUACGAAUGGGCUUUCGUCGUUUGGGAGGACGCAGGGUUUUAUCAAUGCCGGGGACAGAGUCGCCUUGGGUGGAGCGCAUGGUCCGACAAAUUUGAGAUUAUCGUAGCAACACCACCGACAUUUAGUCUGAGACCCCCAGAUAUACUGACCGUUCACAAAAAUUCCCUGGUUCGGCUGCAGUGUCAAGCUGAUGGAUUUCCACCUCCAAAAAUUAAAUGGGUCCAGUCAAGACCGUCAGCUUUUCAAAAUGAUGCAUAUUACACCAACAUUGAUGGUUCCGAGAGUGUGCAACCUACAGCGCACGACGAUUCACUUGUCGAUGACACAGGCAAACUUGUGUACAAUCCAACAGUGUCACAUACCAUCGCGCCAUCCUUGCCAAGAACAGCCGAGGCUGCGGCAGACGGCAGUCUCAGACUGCUAGUUACUGAAGCAAUUGAUGUGGAAGGCCUUUUCCACUGCAUUGCAAUAAAUGUAUUUGGCCACGUCAUAUCAACGGUCAAACUCCUGUACAGUAAUAGCUCAAAGGGGAAUAAGGAUGUCCGAGAGAUCUCAUUCCACUUGCACCCAAAGUUGUUCGGUGUUUGGAUUUCAUGGAAUGCAUCCAACGCUCUCGAUUCGCGCUUGGGAAAGGCAAUUUUAACACCAAAUCAACAAACACUACUGUACCAUCCUGCUAGCUCUCCAGGAGUUCAGGCUUGUAGCCACGUCAUCUACUACCGAAUUAUACGCUCAGAGGAGCGGUGGAAUUCAGUUCGUGUUCAGCCGACAGCAGCUGAAAACUUAUGGGUCGGGAGUCUUAUUCCGGACGAAAUUUACGCAUUCAAAAUGGAGCGAUGGUGUAAGGCUGAUGCACCCUCCGGUCAGAGUAAGGUUGUUGUGGUCAAAACGGAACACGAAGACUCACCUGGAUCCAAGUUCAACGCAUUCCUAUUAGAAACACCCGAUUCUCCUUUGCAGACAAACCCACCAUUACCAAGGCCAAUGGAAUUACAUUUACUUUUCCCUAAAACGAUUGAUCAGUGGACUAGUGGCAAACUUGAAGAUGCCUAUGAGCAUUUCAUACUCGAAUGGGGAGCAGGCCCUGCUACGAAUGUACAAACAGGCGUAACUCCAGUUCUACACUAUCGUGUGGAAUAUUUACUGCGAACGGCUAACAUAAGUAGAAGAGUAGGCAAUGUCACAUCAGAUUAUCCUACGAAUAUACUAUGGUCAUUCGAUUCAAUGAACCGUUGGCUUACAUUGGCACCAGUACGUGCCCCAGCCACAAAGUUCAACUUUGCUCCCGCUGAAGACAGUCACGUGGAUGGUCAGCAGCCGUAUCAGAAGCAUCUGGAAGAAUUACGAUUCCGCGUGCGCAGCUAUGGACUGAUGAGCCGCAGCGAACCAUCGGAGGAACUCAGAAUAAUUCAACCUGUUUUGGGAAAGAUUCUGCCCGCUUUGAAAGCUACAGUACACCGGGAGCAUAUCGCAAUUGAAAGGGUGUUGCAUGCUGAGACUACCUUCACAAACCUACCGGAGAAAGUGCACCACAAUACCAUGAACGACGAAUCUUCGAUUACGACUCCAAGUUCAGUUGGUGCCCUGGACACACUCUGGUAUACAUUAAGCUAUUCUUUGCUGGGCAGCUUGCUGUUGAGCCUCCUUCUUCUUGUUGUCAUUUAUGGGUCACGCAGAAUUCGACAUCACAGGAGCAAUAAGAAGCGUAUUACUAGAAAUCAGGAGGAAGCGAUCGCACUCAAAAAUCCACGUGUGCCGGAUUCAAACGCUUCUGUUUCGAGCUCCGAGCACUUGAUGCGAGAAGUAAACAUGUUGCAUCCAACCACCAGGCCAUUUCCACCAAAUUCGUAUAAACUAAUUCAUUUCAAAAAAACAUGUUUAUCACCUGAUCCAUGUAACUGGAACAAUUCAAGUUGUCUGGUACACAAUGACUUCAAAGGCAAUGCGAAAUUCGAGGAAUUACACCCCAUUCCAGUAUGUUGCCAUUCAAGAGAGGGAAAUUGUGAAUCUUGUCAGAGUAACUGGCAUGGGCACAGCCAGACAAUGAUUUGGAAGGAUGACCAUUAUCUUGCUUCAUUGGAUUCGCCGCAGACAUCCAUUUCUAUCGCUUCAGGAAACACAAACCGCUCGAACAAUUUAAUUCUCUUGGAUAAACCAGAUAGUGCGUGCACUCCGAAUGAAAGGAAGAGGGCCUUUGUUGAGGAGUUAUUUAUUAGGAAAUGCCAACUGAACAGUUACAGACUAUUGGACAAAGAAUCAAACUCUCAUAUGCAUCUUGUUUACAAAAACU